AAAUUGCCAAGUUAGGUUUAUUGGUUGAUUUGGGAAAAGAGAGAGAUGAGGGUCCCCACUCCCCACCAGGAUUUGUCUGUAAAUGAAUAUAUCACUAGCACUCGUAAGAUAAUGGUGAGUCAGGAUGAAAUUGGGCCGGCAUGGUUGAAGCCGCUGCUCAAGGCUAACUACUUCCAUACUUGCACAAUUCACGGUGAUUCAAAUAAGAGCGAAUGCAACAUGUAUUGUUUGGAUUGCAUGGGAAGUAAUGCUCUUUGCUCUUACUGUUUGACCAAUCACAAACACCAUCGCCUUGUACAAAUAAGAAGAUCCUCAUACCAUAAUGUGGUGAGGGUGAAUGAAAUUCAAAGAUACCUAGACAUAUCUUGCAUUCAAACAUACAUUAUCAAUAGCGCCAAGAUUGUGUUUCUGAAUGAGCGUCCCCAGCCCAGACCAGGAAAGGGGGUUACCAAUACUUGUGAAAUCUGCUGCCGCAGCCUACUUGACACUUUCAGAUUCUGCUCCCUCGGCUGCAAGCUGAAUGGUAUUAGGCGAGGCGAUGAAGAGUUGACAUUUACAUUGAAGGCGGAGACGAAUGAAUAUUGGGAUGAUGAAUCAUCGACCCCAAAGAAGAAGCAGCGCAGGGACGAGAAAGUAACGUUUGGGUUUCGUCAUCUGAAUAUUGAGGCAUACAAUAUGUCUCCUGAUACAUACCACAACAAUUCAAACAGGAGGAAAGGCAUUCCACAUCGUGCCCCUUUUUGAUAAUUCAUUAAGGUCGGCUCAUCAAAUUACAACAAUACGGUUCCGUCGUCACACAUAUAUAUAGUUCCUAAUUACACUAUAGUAUAUACAUACAAAACAUGUGCAUUAGGUAGGAGAGUAGUACUAUGCUAGAUCGAUAUUUAUGUUUUAAUGAAUACUUUUGUAUAUGUUAAUUUACUUACAAUGCAAGCUGUGUAAUUAAACAAGGAGAGGGGAAGAAAAUGGUAUACGUAGUUUAUGAUGUGUUUGAAAAUACGAUAUUUUUAGUGGAUAUAUUGACUAGCUAUA